AUGGAGCCACACGAAUCUGAGUCUUCGGCCGACGACCGUGGUGACCAUGCCGUGAACGCAUCGGAUCUGCUGCGCGUCGAUGGAGUUUUGACCGAAUACGCUCGCCAUACAGGCAACACCGAGUCAAAGCCGACCGACGAGACCACUGAACUCGGGCUUCAACUAAGUACCAAGAAGCGUUCACACGAAUACACUCCUGACGAAGACGGAAAAAGAGUUCGCACCAAGACCCAUAGCGCGCCACAAAGCCCAACAACACCGGACGAUCAGCCAACACCACCUUCAACCCCCCUCGUCGGAUCAGCCCCAGAUAUCAUGCAGAUCAUGACGAACUUUACAGCAGUCACUGGUCAGAUUGUUGCAUCUAUCAAGGACAAAUCUUUGAUCAAUAAUGAAUCUACACGCAAUACCGUCAAGGAUAUGUUACGAGAAGUGCUCAAGAUGCUCGUCCCUUGCGUGACUGAGAUCCGCGAAAUGGGGGCUCUCGGCAUUGAGAUUGUAGGACUUGCAACUUUGCUAGACUCUUCACUUGGGCGUGAGGGUAUAUUCACGAUCAUCUGCUCGCCCUAUUCCAGCAGUAUCCCCAAGCCACUUCAUGUCGAUUUCACUGACUACUUUGCUGUCGGAGACGCAUUCUGGGAUCGGGUGGUGGAGUUUUCGCUCGACCCGACCCUGAAACCUGGUGAAAAGGCCGCUCCAAGCUCACAAGGACUGGUUUGCGCUGCAUGGCGUCUGCAUAUUGUCGCGAAAGUGACUCCGCGGAACAUCUGGACAACAGUCUGUCGACUUAGUAACGGAAAAGGGGUAUCAAAUCUACACGAAAACGAUCGUUGGAUGCAGAUGCAUCUUCACGACGAUAUCCUCGGGCCGCUGCCACGAAACCGGCGAGCUGAGAAGAACGGGACACCACACGAGUCGCUAAUCUGUAGACGGGUCUCGAGCUACAGGGACCGUGCGAUCAACGCGAACGCACAUUUCUCUGCGAUGGAUGCCGUACCACACAGCCCUAGCGAGGGCAUGGUACCUGUGGGAUCACUUGAUAAGGACAGUCGCGAUCUGUUCGUCGGACUGAAGGCCAAUGCAUACAGCCCAGAUGGGAAACUCAUCGCACAUCCGAAAGGCAUGGAUAAGGAUGCCGUGGAGCGCGGCCUUCGAAUGGCGAACCGUGGUCCUCGGGAUCCGAUGCCUCGUCCAGGCAAUGCGCAACACCGUGACAUGCUUUUCGGCCAAUUACGCACCCAUCCUUCCAAAGGAGAGUCUAAGAGCCUUCUACGAGAGUCGAGCACAUUCAGCUCCGCAUACUCAGUAGUAGAUUCCCAAGGAAAAGGCGCCCAGUCCUCAAUUGACGACUCCCGAGACCAUUCUUCCAGCGAGGUCAGUCCAUCCCAAGGCAUCUCUCAAACUCUUUUCCGGCCCACAUCACAUGCGCAACAGCAAGCACCAGUGCAAGCUACGGAUGGUAUGAGGGCGGAUCAAAGUUCUAGGGGUGGAGAGGCCGAUACUACCGCCACUAGUCAACGAAACGCUCCUGCUCAUGCUAACACAAAACCCAAGGCCAGUCCCUUUAUCAACCGUCCUGCUAUGGCGCAAAACUUGCAUCAAACUCACGAUGGAGCAAUGGUCAACCCCAUCCUCAACGUGACAGAGCAGAACCAAUCGUUGAACAUCAACCAGCCUGUAUCGAACUCAUCAUUUAGCCCGGAAAGGAAAGGUGGCGAUGGAGGCUUUUAG